AUGCCCUUCCUCGUUGAACCUCCUUCAUUUCUCUCCGACCUUUUUUUCACCUGCGCUCUUUAUUCCGUGUACAAUAAAUACCACUGGAAGCAAUCCCGACCGUCCUGCUCCUUAUCUCUCGCUCAACGCUCCCCUCCACGUUUCAAGUUUCCCCGCACCACUCCGGCCGCCAUGCGCAUUACAGUGAACGUAAUCCGACCGGAUCAAGCUGAUCUGGAUCUCAUUCCUCUUGUGGUCGGUCCCGACAUGUCGAUCGAGCUCCUUAAAAGCAUCGUCGAAAGCGAAACAUCCAUUCCUCCUUCCUCCCAAAGACUCGUCUACAAUAAUCAGCUACUCGGUGAUGACUCCAAGACUCUUGAACAGGUUGGAAUCGGAGAGGGGGACAUGCUAGGGGUCCACGUUACGACGCUUCGGGGACCGCCAGCGCAGCCUCGCAGUGCAGGCGGCCCAAGUCCCUCCCCGCAGCAGAUUCAGCGACGGCAGCAGCAAAUGAAUCCCGAUCCCGAGAUGAUCCGACUGCACAUCCUUGGUGAUCCCCGUGUGCGCGAUGCCGUGCGACAGCGAAAUCCCGAGCUGGCAGAUGUUGCCCACGAUCCUCAACGAUUCCGGGAGGUCCUCCUCAGUCAGCAGCGGCAGGAAUCUCAGAGAGAGGCGGAGAAGGAAGCCCGCAUCGCGAUGCUAAAUGCCGAUCCAUUCAACCCAGACAACCAAAAGGAAAUCGAGGAAAUCAUUAGGCAAAAUGCGGUGACGGAGAACUUGCAUAAUGCAAUGGAGCAUCACCCGGAAUCAUUCGGCCGCGUGACGAUGCUAUAUAUUCCCGUAGAGGUCAAUGGCCAUAGAGUCAACGCAUUCGUCGAUUCUGGCGCUCAGGUAACGAUCAUGUCGCCCGAUUGCGCGACCGCGUGCAACAUCAUGCGCCUGGUGGACACAAGAUACGGAGGAAUCGCAAAAGGUGUCGGAACAGCGAAUAUCCUGGGUCGAGUGCACUCCGCUCAAAUCAAGAUCGGCCAAAUGUUCUUACCCUGCUCCUUCACCGUCAUGGAAGGAAAACACAUCGACCUCCUCCUGGGGUUGGACAUGUUAAAACGACACCAGGCUUGCAUUGAUCUGAAACAAGGCGCGCUCGUGAUUCAGGACCAAGCCGUCCCUUUUCUCGGCGAGGCGGACAUCCCCAAACACCUCCUGGAGGAGUUUGAAGACGAGCCCGUGAUCAAGGGGGCCGAUGGCGCCGAGGUCGGCGCUCGUACAGGCGCUGUCACUCAUCAAGCUGGCGGCCAGGGUCAAGCCCAGAGUGCCGGUGGCCCUCGCCCUGCCGCGCCCACACCAUCUUCGUCUCGUCCUGCUCCUUCGCAGCCGCAACCAUCACGCUAUCCUGAGGCUGCCAUUGCGAAGAUCACGGAACUUGGAUUUACCCGCGACGAGGCCAUUCGUGCUCUCGAAGCAGCUAACGGGGACCUUGAAGGGGCUAUUGGGUUUUUGAUAUGA